CAUGUUUUACUGAAGGGUUUUGACAUGUUUUACUGAAGGGUUAUGUUGACAGCUAUAGGCCGGCCGAUUUGCGCAAUUUUUCCGAGCACUGCAUUUUGUGGAUUUUAUAGAGUUUACCGCACCAGAAAUGAAUAAAUUAGUGACCACACUUCUAAGAAGAGCUCCCGUUGCCUGGCGGACGACAAAUAGCCAUGCCUACAGCUACCGUAGCGACCUUGCUUUAGAUACGAUCUACCCGAACAGCAAUCUUCGACUGUACACGCCAGCACCCCCACCGGCCAAACCCGACGGCUCGUUCAACGGAUACAUACCGAUUAAUAAGCUGAACAUCACCUACAGUCGGAGCAGCGGUCCGGGAGGGCAAAACGUAAAUACCGUCAGCACGAAGGUCGACAUACGAUUUCACCUAGAAUCUGCAUCCUGGUUACCGGAGGCCACUCGCAAACGACUGGCUGAACUGCAAAAGGGGCGCAUUACGAAGGACGGGUUCCUGGUGGUCAGGAGCGAGCUGACGCGGUCACAACAGAUGAAUACAGCGGAUGCGAUGGAAAGGCUACGCAGCUUCAUACGCCAAGCAGAGCAACCUUUAUCCGCGGAACCGUCACCCGAAACGGAAGAGAUGUUGCGCCGCCGGCACGAGAAAGCAACCCGGGAACGUCUGGCGAUAAAACGAAACCGAUCGAACACCAAGGCUCAGCGUCAAGCGCCAUUAGUGUAGAAACACGGGGAUGAAUCGUAAAUACAGUUUAGAGUGUUGAUUGUA